AUGGCGCUGCAGCUGAAGAACGGGGAUGCACCGUACUACCAGAGUGCGGAUUACUGCAGAAAUUACACUUCGCCGCCUGUCAGCUACGGCGACAGCAGCCAUUAUCUUGCCCGGUUGCCAGGCCCAGGGACCAUGUUGAAGCCUCCUCUGAGUCUGUUCAGCCAUCCCCAGCAGCCUUUCCAUCACAUGGACUCUUUGCACCAGCUGGGACCUCCACCAAUGGUGCCUAGACAACCUCUCGGACCACCACCCCUUGCCCCUGCUCAGCUUAGGACCUCCUCCGAUGGUUCAGCCACUGGGUCCUCCACCAAUGGCACACACUCUGGGUCCCCCACCUGUCCAGACCAUUCCCAUCUGCCCCCAAUGCCCCCAAUGUCCUGCCUAAUCCCCGGUCCUCUCCCGGGACAGGCAGCCCCGGCCAGCGAGCAGCCACAGGAUGAGGGCUCUCUGCUGGGGACGGAUGAGCAGGAAGACUCUCCAGGGUUGGGGGAACUGUGUAAACCACUGUACUGUAAACUCUGCAAUGUUACCCUCAACUCUGCUCAGCAGGCACAAGCUCACUACCAGGGGAAGAACCACAGUAAAAAGCUAAGAAAUUUCUACGCUGGCAGUCAACAGCCUCCGGCGAUCAGGAUCCCAGAAGUCCUCCAGGCGAACGGCCAGACAUCCGUCUGCUCAGGAUCAAACGACAGUGACGCAGGCAGGCAGGUGCAGUAUAAGGGGGCAACCAGGGUCAUCUUAGCCACAGAGAAUGACUAUUGUAAGCUGUGUGACGCCUCGUUCAGUUCACUGGCAGUUGCACAGGCCCACUACCAGGGCAAGAACCACGCCAAGAAACUACGGCUCGCUGAGGCCCAACAGAAUUCCAGCACCAUUGAGGCAGCCCAGAGAAGAAACAGGAAAGAUGGCAGUGAAUACAGACUGGUGAAAAACCGCCACAGCCCACAGCUACCUGCUUCCAUGCCAGGGCCGUACUACAACCCCAGACCGAGGCAGCGCAUCCCCAGGGACUUGGCCAUGUGUGUGACUCCCAGCGGACAGUUCUACUGCUCCAUGUGCAACUGCGGAGCCGAGCAGGAGGCCGACUUCAGGCAGCAUCUGGAGAGCAAGCAGCACAAAGCAAAAGUGUCAGAGUUGCGAUACCGCCACGAGAUGGAGAACCUCGGCUACAGCUAAGAGAAACAAGAGGGGAGAAAAAACAGAGAUCAAUGGGACAGAAUAGGUGGAGAGACAAAUGCCAAAGUGCAGGAAAUUAAAAUACGAGCCUGUGGUUAAAGGGCAUAUUUAGUGAAGGGAUUAGCCAAAAUGCCCUCACAAGAUCGUGUCGCAAUUCAUUUGAUAUAUGCUUGAAUACGCUUUAAAUCGUAAUAUUUUACUUAAUGCUCUAACAUAUGAAGCUGUAAUUAGAUUUGAUGGAUCUAUUUAAUCUUGCUAUUGCUCUUGGAAUCCAGUCUGAAUAUUGAAACAGGCUGCAACGUGAACAGGAUGUUUUUGAGAAGUCAGGACUUUUUGACGUUCAAGCCCCAACAUUUCUUUGAGUUUUUUUAGGCACUGGUUCAGAUUACCCUUUUGACCCACUACCUGGGUUGCGUUCUGAUUAAGGAUACAGGUAAAUGCAAAUUAAUUGCAUGUAAAUCUUGAGCCUGUUCGGGCGACAGGCAGAGGACUAGUGGUGCACAGAGAGUGGGACAUGCAGAAGGUUCAAGCAUUAAGAGAGAAUGCAAAAUGAGGAAAAUAGAGAGGAGCUGGUCGGUUGAAGUAGAAGGAAGAAUAGAGGCAAACACUUGAGGUGGGAACAAGUCUCAUCUUUGGGAAAACAAUCAUCACCACUGAGAACACAGUGUGAGACUUAAUCCAAUUCCUGAGUGGAAAUGAGCCCUCCAGGUAUUUUUGUACAGGCCCUACAGGAGAGACUUCAGGGCCACUUACUGUAGUGGCCACUGAGCCACACAUUAUACAUCUUUCUAACCUAACACAGGUAAUAAAAUCCAAAGCACUUUUCGUUAAUUUAAAAAAAGACAAAGCACAAUGAACAGCAUCAUCUGGUAGAAACAGUGUUCCAUGAAUCUGUUUGGUGUGUAUCAGGCGGAAGGCUACACCCCGGUUAGCUUUGUAUGUGCCUUUAGUGAGAACUAGGCUAAGGAGUCAAUUUUGGCUUGCCAUUUUGACAUAAUAGUGGAAAAUAUUCUACUGUAUUGAUUGCUUUUCUUUUUAGAUUGUGUGUCAACUCUUUUCUUGUAAUGAAUCCACAUACAUAAUGUGUAAAUAUUCUCAACUGUCAUGAUAUGUGUAAAUAUAGGAUAAUAUACAUGAAUACUAUUGAUUAUUUGGUUAACGUUAGCCUAGCAUAUAUUGUAAAUACUCAAUCUAUUUAAUAAUGAUCAGGAAUCUUGUACAAACUGUGCACUGAGUGUCUGAAUGUUUUCACAUCAGCACUGUAUGUUUGUGUGUGUAUUUUACUGUCGGCCUUCUAUACCACAUUGGGCGAUGCCCUCGUUCACUGGAAAAGUAACUCUGAUAUCAUCCGUUUCGUUAAGAGCUGCUCGUCUCAUCAUUUGACUGUGCUGGUAGACCACAUGCGAGAGGCUGUCUCUGAGGCUUCUCCUGAAGCCUUAAUCUGUGUCUUCACAACACACCCAAACUGGCACUGUGAUGGGAGGGAACUUGCAAACACAAUGGGAACUCAAAGUGACGCGUGCAGCCAAAAGCAUUUAACUCUAAACUUCUAAUUAGUUUGAACAUUGCUAAUGAACGUGUGCUGAGCUCGUAGAUGUUUCUGGUUGUAAGACACAUCAUUUAAUUAACCAGGUUUCACUGCCGUGUUAAGCGGCUGCAGAAGAGUGGUGUGGAUCUUGUCUGGGUUUGUAGACAGAUCUUUUAUUUUUUUAUGUUGUUUCGUUUUUGGUUUGUUUUUCACCCUGUAUGACCGAGGUCUAGCUGUUUGUUAAGCCCAUCCUGAAAAGAUCAGUUAUGUACUCAGAAUCAAAUUAGAUUUUCUGUUUCUGUUUAUUUGAUUAUCUGUUCCAGUUCAGUGCAACUGAGCUGAAUACCGUGCAGUCACAAGGCAUCUGAACUUAUCCUGUCAUACUUGACUCAAUGACUAAAGAACAAGGUAGCUCUAAAGAACAGUAUUUAUAGAUUUGAGUGACUUUAAUCCUUAAAAUAGAAAAUACAUUAUUUUAUUCAUGCCUCAAAAGUUAAUUUAUGUAGCAGUUGAAAGGAUCUUUCCACUAGAUUUUCAAAUAUUGUUAUUAGACAACUAGAGUCAUAGCCAGAAGAGGAAAAAAGCUUCCUGUUUCACUUUAAAUUUGGUUUUCUAACUUUUAAUCAGUCAAAGGUCAGUUUGGGUCACGUAAUCAGAAGCGAUAUAACGUAGAGAAAAAAGCAGCUGUGGUAAGAGGCAGCUGUUUACAUCUUUUAUUUGUCUGGAGAGCACAACCACGCACCUGAUCCCACACAUGAGGACACUCAGGAGAAAAGCACUGUGAGGACAAAGUACUGUGGUAUUUAGGGAUUUUAAGUUAACACAUGCGAGAGGGUGAGAGACAAAUGGAAAAUAGAAAACCAAAUGCCAGGCUGUUCUUUUUAGCCCAACGUGCAGUUUGGUUUAACAAAAAAGGAAAUAAAGAGCUGAUCAAAUCAGAGUUAUAAUGAAAGCUGUGGGUGAGACACAGCAGUCGAGGAGUUUUUCACAUUAGACUGAGUUAGUCAGUCAGCAGCAAUCCUCCUCCUCCUCCUCCUCUGAGAAAUAACACUCUUCGUCUUACAUGAAAGAAUGGGAGCAUUACCUUUUUUCAUGUUGACAGGCUCACGCUCCAAUAAAGCUACUGAACACCUUGUAUGGAAUAAUAAGCUACAAAGAAAGGGAGGAAAUUAAAUUGUAGGACACUAUUAUACUACGAACAGCCAUCACCUAACAAACCUUUAAGACAGUAGCCUGGAAACCUUUUUGUACCUAUCCUGUCAUAUUUAGACUGGCUCUGAACCCCUUAAAGUAUCUUAUCGAGUCGUUAAACUCCUCCUUUUAUACAGGACUAUUUUUGGAUUGGUAUUGCUGCAAUUAAACACAAUUCUGCAUUUAAUGAUCUUCAUUGGUUGGACAAAUGUUUUAAGCAGUCGAAAUCCAACGAAAUCAAGAAAGCACUGGAAUAUAAAGGCAUCCACAUAUGGCCAUUAACUGUUAAUAGGUUUAAUACUUUGUCAAUCUGCACAUUUAUUUGCUCUAUGUUCACUGGAAUUGAUACGAUUGCAUUAAUGCUUCUGGAAAGUCUGUUUUGUUGUUCUUUGGUCUGGUAAUGUACUGAAAUAGUUAAAAUACCAGGGUUACUGUUUCUGUUUGCUUGGUUCUAACUGCGUUUACUUGUUAGAUAACCGUAACAGCUGGUAACUAUAUCUCACUGACAAUGAUUGGUUUCAUUGCCAUUAAUCAAUGCUGGUAUCUGAAUGCUAAUGGUUUAAGCAACAAGUUGAAUCUCAGUGCUUCGUUAAAAAUGACAGACAAGUGUUACAUGUUGCAUCGUAUAAGUUGUAUCUGGUUUAUUUUGUGCAUGAAAAGUCAUACUUAAUAACUAAGAUGUUUCUACUAUGGAGAGAAUAAUAUGAUAGUGAGGUUGCCGUUCAAGAAUGUUAUUUUUUUCUGAAGUUUCCACGUUUGGAGAUGUCUGUAGGCUGUGCUGAUUCUACUAAAGGGCAUUGAUCAAAUCAGGAUUUAGCACUGAACAUAAAAGAAACCUAUAAAGAAAAGUGUGCUACCGGAUAUUGUUUAGUUCAGGUGAAGAGUUUGCUGCCAUUGUCAUUAUUUGCCUCUCAAUAAUUUGUAUCUUAAUGUUUACAAGGGGAGAAAUUGGAGCUGUUUAUGGCUGUGUAUCAUAUUUAUCCAUGUGUUGCACUUUUUGACUUAUCAGACCAGGACAGAUGGGCAACACUGAUUUUCUUGCCGGGAAUUAAAGAUUGAUUAAGCUUAAAGUAAAGCCACGAGGUGAUUAGCUUAGCUUAGCAUAAGGGCUGGAAACAGGGGGAAACAGGGAGAAACAGCAAAAAACAUUUGUCAACUAACACGUCAAAGCCAAGCGGCAACUUCCGUUCAUGGGUUGCAAAAAGUGAAGAUGGCGACGCGGAAAUUGCCGAACUCGGGUGUCCAUAACGCCGUUCUACAAACCAACAGGUGACGUCACUUCUUAUAUACAGUCUAUGGUUAAAAGCUUACUAAUGAUCACGUAUCUCAUGCGUUCGUGUUGCAUCUUGCUCGUGUACUUUGGUGUCAGGUGGAGUUAUGUAGUGCAGCUAUUUGGCAACCUCGCAGUGAAACAACCUGCUCAAGUAUUUGGCCAAGAUGGACAUUCUGUACAUUAAGUUGUCAGAAAAGAGGUCCCAACUUUGUGAAGAAGAAAGGCUGUGUGAUACGACCUAAAGCUACUGAAAUAACUAAUCGAUUUCUUUUACUGAAGUGAGAGCAAGGUGAGCUGUUUUCCCCAUGCUUCCAGUCUUUUUGCUAAGCUAAGCUCAUGACCUCCAUACUUCGCGGACAGACAUCUAACUUGGCCAGAAAGGGAAGAGGAUAUCGCUCGUUCCUGCAUCUCUAAAAAGUGCUUGUCCACGUCAGCUGUAUUGAUUUCUAAUGUCGUCACUCAACCAGAAGAUAGGUGAGGCUUGUCUCACAUGAAAGCCCAUGUAUCCUGGUCUACAGACUGAGUCAGUCUUUUACACUGACAGAAUUCAGGACCCCUCACCUCCAUCUUCUGUUGGGCCCCAAAACACCCUAACAGCACCCCCUGCAGAGCAGUAUAUACUGGUGGACCCUCUGUGAAGACCUCAGCACACUGUCAGUGCCUCUAAUCAACGAUGCCAAUAUACCACUGACUGACUGACUGGAUGGAUGCCUAAACGACUGAGAUACUGAUGUACUUAGGCAGUGUGUGUUUUCUGACAUGAAUAAAUGUGCAGAUAUUAAUAACCAAGCUGAGUAGAUGAUUAUUUCAGUGAAUGUGUGUCUCAUGUGUUCCCUUCCACGACUCGGCUCAUAGCGCUCUGGGGGAAAUAACCACUCUGUGAGCUGAUGCUGUUAUUGGCUCUCUAGGAGGAGACUCUCUCAAUAGCCUAGUUUCCACUGCAGCUUUACUCAUUAUAUUACUUCCGCCACAAAGGCUGUUAUUGUGCCCCUGGUAGUUUGUUUGUUUGUUUGCCUGUCAGCAGGAUAUCUCACAACUUGUAAUGAACAGAUUGCCUGAAAUGUGGUUUACUGGCCUCAGGUUUAAGUUUGGAUUUCUGCCUUUGGAUGGUUGAAAAUCAGUGAUAAAAACCAGUGCUUGAAUUGGCCAAUAAUCACCAGGAGGAGUACUGGCACA